AAAAGCCAUGCACCUUUGGCAUGGGCGUGCUUUUCCAGCGCUUUAUGCGGAUGCCGGAGAAAAGUAAUUGACAAUAAACAGACUGAAUGCAUUUGACAUCGUACUCUCUUUUUGUUGAGCAAAAAUUGUACACGAUUUUAUCAAUGAUCGAGCUAUAUGUGGAAAGCGUUGCGUGAACUCUGAAUUCGCUGACAGCUGUUACGAUCUGGAGACAUGGAGCAUAUCCGAACCCCGAAGGUGGAGCAGGUGCGUCUGGUGGAUCGCUUCAGCAACAAAUCCACCAGCGGCACACUGUACCUCACAGCAACGCACCUCAUCUUUGUGGAGAGCAGCUCGAACAACUCAACAUCUGCCGCACAAGAGGUUUGGAUUUUGCAUCACCACAUCGCAUCCGUGGAGAAGCUCUCGCUCACCACCUCGGGCUGUCCACUGGUCAUUCAGUGCCGUAACUUCAGAGUGGUUCACUUUGUGGUGCAGAGAGAACGCGACUGCCACGAUGUCUACAGCUCGCUUUUGCGCCUUCUGCGGCCUGAGUCGUACGAGGAGCUCUACGCAUUCUCCUACAAUCCCAAACAGAAUGACCAGCAGCGUGAAGAAGGGUGGCAGCUCAUUGACUUGGGCGCAGAGUUUGAGAGGAUGGGUGUUCCCUGCGACCAAUGGCAACUCACCGACGUCAACAGAGACUACAAGAUUUGUGAGACAUAUCCACGUGACCUGUACGUCCCCAUCACGGCCAGUAAGCCCAUUAUCGUGGGCAGUUCCAAGUUCAGGAGCAAAGGACGCUUUCCAGUCCUGACUUACUUCUACCAAGAGAAGAAGGCUGCAGUUUGCCGGUGCAGCCAGCCUCUCUCUGGCUUCAGUGCACGCUGUUUAGAAGAUGAGAGCAUGCUGCAGGCCAUCAGCAAGGCCAACCACAACAGCCGGUUUGUUUACGUCAUGGACACGAGACCAAAACUAAAUGCGCUCGCCAACCGAGCGGCGGGCAAAGGCUACGAGAAUGAGGACAACUACUCCAACAUUCGCUUCCAGUUUGUGGGCAUUGAGAACAUCCACGUGAUGAGGAGCAGCCUGCAAAAGCUGCUGGAAGUGAUUGGAGCUCGGUCCCUCUCCAUGAGUGACUACCUGGUAGGACUGGAGAGCUGCGGCUGGUUGAGGCAUAUCAAGGCUGUGGUGGAUGCAGCGAUCUUCCUGGCUAAGGCGGUGACCCGGGAAGGAGCUAGCGUGUUGGUUCAUUGUUCCGACGGAUGGGACCGAACAGCGCAGGUCUGCUCCCUGGGGGCUCUGCUCAUGGACCCCUACUACCGCACCAUCAAGGGUUUCAUGGUGCUGAUCGAGAAAGACUGGAUCUCCUUUGGCCACAAGUUUGCAGAUAGGUGUGACCAAUUGGAUGGAGACCCAAAGGAAGUGUCUCCUAUCUUCACCCAGUUCCUGGAGUGUGUCUGGCAGCUAUCUGAGCAGUUCCCUCAGGCAUUUGAGUUCAGCGAAUGGUUUCUGCUGCAGAUCCACGAGCAUGUCCAUUCAUGUCAGUACGGAAAUUUCCUCGGCAACAACCAAAGGCAGAGAGAAGAGCUGCAACUCAGAGAGCGGACCCAUUCAUUGUGGGCGCAUCUAAUGAGCGAAAAACAGAACUACUUGAAUCCAUUCUACAGUCCCGCGUACGCUGAAACGCACCCCGUUUUGGAGCCCUCCACCUUGCCCUACCAUUUCAAGUUUUGGAGAAACAUGUACCACCAGUUUGAUCGCUCCAUGCACCCACGGCAGUCCAUCCUGAAGGCCAUUCUCACUGGGCGGGAGAAUAGUCGCCAGGCAGAGAGCAAGCUCCAAGCACUGGAGAGUAGACUCCACCAGCUCGGUGUGACGCCAGUCGUGGCCGCCAACCUCCCAGUGGCCCCCCCGACCAGGGAUCACCGCUUACUUGACAAACCGCUCCCGCCGCGCCCCGACUCCCUCAUUUUGGGGGCGCCCAUCAAUCACAAGGAAGCCCGUCGGCAGAACGAAGAAGACAAGCACGAGGAGGUCGGCGAGGAGGCCACAGAGAGCACGGACGUCGAGCGGACGGUAGAGGGGAGCAGUGGCUCCGAGAGCCGCAAGCAGAGUUACGGCGAACUGGAAGGGACCUAUAAUAGCGAUGUGGCCAAAGAGGAGCCGUCUGCCGUCAGUCUGGAGUUUGGAGUGGCACGCAUGACCUGCUGAGAAAUGCAUGCAGUGUCAGGAAAGGACGGCUGAUAUGUAACAAUUUACUGAAAAGUGAGUGGAGAAGCUCUUGUUCUUGAUGUGUAAUCACAAGCUGAUUACAAAAUGGUCCUAAAUGGGCCAUUUUCUGUGUCUGUAUAGUCUAAGGCUCGAUGAGAACCUUCAUUAUCUUGUCAUAUAUUGCACCGAUGGAAAUGCAUUUGCUUUUUUUUUUCUUCUUCUUAUUUUUUAAAUGAAUGUUGGGACGCACUAGAGAGAAAUAAUUGAGAAUAAAUUCAUCCGCAGUCAAA